AUGUCUCUAUAUAGAAUAAUCUUAGUAGCACUGACUCUGCAAUACGAUUGUUUCUGUGAGCUAAUACCUGAUAAAAGACACGUUGCUGAUGGAUUUGAUGAACCAAUGCUGGUAAAUAAGGGACUACCCCCAGAGAGCUAUGAUUGGAGAAAAAGUAACAAGGUGACGCCGGUGAAAGACCAAGGAGCAUGCAAUAUAUGUUCGGUGUUCAGUGCUGUCGCAAAUAUUGAGAGUCAACUAGUAAUCCAUACGGGGAAACAGGAAAUUUUGUCGGAGGCAUUUAUCAUGGACUGCACUGCUAAUAUCAACUGUGGUCAAUAUACGAGUAUAUUAGAUGUUUUUUCUGUAAUCGUAACAAACUAUGGAGGUGUCUUAAAAGAUACUGAUUACCUCCCAUACGAGGCGCGGAAAGGCAGGUGCAGAUGGGAGCGACCCAAACAUGUUUUGAACAACACUCUUGAGAUGAAUUCUAAGGAUUUGUACUAUUUGAGAAGAUCACACGCCACCCCUGUGCCCGUUAUUGGGUUCAGAAGAGUGAAAAGUAACGAAGAUGUAAUGGUAGAGUACAUUUAUAAAUUUGGGCCUCUAUCAGCGGCUAUUAAUUCAAAAUCAAUGGAUACGUACACCCAUGGUAUCGACGAACCCACAGAUGAGAACUGCAGCCCGAAUGAGCUCGAUCAUGCUGUACUAAUAGUGGGUUACAGCCAAUACGUGUCACCUGAUACUGGAAAAAUAACUCCCUAUUGGAUAAUCAAGAACUCAUGGGGCACUGGGUGGGGAGACAGCGGAUACUACUAUUUGGUGCGCGGGCGCAACGCCUGCGGCAUCGCGAUGGAUGUAUCUUUCGCCUUCGUUAAUUGA